AUGCCAAUGGAAAUUAUUCUAUCUUCACUAAAUACUAUUUUAACUUCAGUCAAUUAUUCAAAUUGUUCUUUACUUUUAAAAUCAAUGGAUGAGAAAUUUGUAUCUUUAUGUCAUGGUAUAAGUGUUGAUCAUCAAAUGGAAAUGUUGCAUUGCUAUCAACAAUCUACUCAAUGGUUACUUAAUACCUGUAAUAAAUUCACUGAAAUAAUUCAAUAUUCGAUUGCUUGUGGUGUUAUUUUCAAAUUAUUAUCUACUAAUUUAGAUCUUGUUCAAGUAGAAUGGUCUAGACAAUUUUUAAUUCAAUAUCUGAGUCAUUUAUUUCAUCAAGCAUUUACACAACAAGAUUUUGCUUUAUAUUUAAUGCCACAUAUAAUAGAUAAUUGUUUAAUUGCAUUUCCUAAUUUAUGGUGUAAUGUGGAAUUAAUCAAAAAUGAAUUUGAAUUUCAUUCGCGUACUCCAGCGGUGGUUGAUAAUAAUGAUCACUUGUCAUUUUCCUACAUAACCACUACAUUAAAAACAUUAUUAGCUUGGCAGGAAGCACGAGAAGCACGAAAUGCCUGUUUAAAAUCUGAUGUUCAGUCUAAUUCUAACCAGGUAGCUGUUUACCGUAGACUUCGUCAAAAAGGUUGGCUACCAGCUAAAGCAUCCGAGUCUUCAGCACCUAUUGAGAUGCAUAAUUUUGCAUUCUCUCAACAGACUCAUCGUAUUCGCCGUUUAUGUCUUGAACUGGUAGAUACAUGUUUAAAUGUGUGUCGUGAUCAUAUCACAGAUGAUUCUUCAACACAUGUGACGAUAUUGCCUAAGACGGUGGUUGAUUCAGAUAUUAUUUACUCCUUAAGAUUGAUUCUAUCUGCAAUGGCUUUUGUUGUUGGUGAAGAGGCAAUGAUCGGUUUCCAUGAUGAACAACCUGCCAGUGUUUCUUCAAGAUCUAGAAAUCAUCAACGUACACGAAGAUAUCGACAAGUGGAACGACACCGACAGCAUGGUUUGUUAGGUUGGCUUCUCACGGGUCGACUACUUCCAUGGUUAACAAAAUGUUUGAAAAUGAAAGAUUUGUUAUCAAACAAUGAUAUAUUGAAUCUUAUCAGUCGUUUAAGUUGUUUAAUUACAGAUAUCAUUAUCUAUGGUUCACAUUUAUUCAAAACUAAUAAUCCUGUGAAACAAUGUAAUUCAUUAAAACAAUUAUUAUUCGAUACUGGAAAUCAAUUUUUAAAUAUAUUAAAUCAUCAUAAAUCAAAGGAAAUUAUGAAUAAUAAAUUAUUAUUCAUCUAUAUAAUAUGUUCAAUUCGUUUAAUUGCUUUUAAUCCUAAAUUAAUUAUUCAGUUUAUUGGUAAAUUACCAUUGGAGUUAAUAAUUAAAUUUAUUGAACAAAUAAAUCAUAAUGAAUUAUUCUCUUAUCUAUGGCCAUCCUCGUCGUCAUCAUCAUCAUCAUCAUCGUCAACAACAUCUUCUAUAACACACUCAUUGAAAGAUCUAAUUGAACAAUCUAUUUCACUUGUAAAUAACAGUAGUAGUAAUAAUAAUAAUAGUGAUGAUUCCGAUAUAUCUGCUGAACUGUUACAACAAUAUACUCAAACAUGUCAAAUAAUUUUAACUAAGCUAUCAUUGUAAAUCUCUAUUUGUUUAAAGAUAAUGAUUAUUUAUUUGUACAUUUUUUGUAUUUAUAAGUUUAUAGUUUUGUAAAUUUUUGAGUUUAGUCUUUGUACAUAAAAGAAAAAAAGGACUAGUCAUAUUUUGCAUGUCAGUAGACAAUAAAAAGAAAACUACUACAUAUUUGUACAUUCACACUAUUUAUUUGUACUGGAUCUUACUUGCAAUAUGUGCUUUUAUUGUUAUAUACAUUUAUCAAAAUUGAAGAAAUACACAAAUUGUCUUAUUGCAA